AAUAAUAAUUUUGUUCUUCCUUCCCUCCAAACGAAAAAAACAGAAAAAUCUAUAAAUGAAAACAAAACCUAGGACCAAACUACAGUUAAUGUUCUUCUUGUCACAUCUCUUAUGCACGCGGUAAUGUGAAUUUCUGCACAUCAUUGUUUUUACUCCCUUUUCUCUUUCUUUGAAUUUGCCUUAGGGUUCUUUUGCUAUAAAAUAAUCAAACCUGUAAUCAUGCAAGCAGCUCCACCAUUGAUACUUCUGCAAUAGUUUUAACAAUCUUCAGGCAAAUUCACCAACGUCUCUUUUUUACUUUUAUUUGAAUUUCAUUUCAAUCAAACGGAGGAGGAGAAGAAGAAAGACACAAAUCAAAGUACCAACAUAACCAUGCGUUUGCCAUGGAAAAAGAGCAAAGGUUGCAGUUAUUCAUGUUUGGUGGCGGGUCUUCGUCACACACCUAUACACGGCGAAUCUCUAGUCGUUGAGACUGGUUUUCCCACCUCACUUGUUGAUCUCUUCGUCAAGAAUAAAGAUCGCUUGAAAAAACUAUCAAAAAGGAAGUCCGCACGCCCUCCACCGCCACCGCCGCCUUCUCCAGCGCGGAGGCUAGUGUCUCCAGGUGGUUUGGCGGUGAAUUCGCCACCUGGGUUUGAAGCAACUAAGCGUAAUGUUGAAGAUUUAGUUGUGUUAAAUGAAUGUGAUGAAUGUGAUGAUAGUGGAGAUAGUGAUGGGAAGAUUGAGAAAGGGUUUCUCGCGGUGGUUUUGAAGAUUUUGAUGGUGGGGGUCGUCGCUUUGAGUACUAAAGAGAUAGCGGUGGGGAUCACAAUGUCAGCGUUCUUGCUUUUCUUGGUCGAAUAUGCCGGUUCUGGGGCUUUGGUUUUCUUGAAACCAUGUUCACAGGCAAGAGAGGUGCUUGAUUCUUUGUUUGUAAAGAUUAAAGUUUUGUAUUUUCCAAAUUCUAUAUGCAAGAAGGAAGAUGAUGAUGAUGACCCGUGUUCAAAUGAGAUUAAGAGAUGCAACGAAGACUCAACAAACGCCCAGUUGAUUAUUAGAAGCGAUGCUAGUGAUUCUUGUGAGUUUGUUGAUGAAAUUGGAGUGAAAUCUCCGAGGAGAGAAAUUCAGGUUGCGGAUUCGAAUUGUGAUGGGGAGAAACGCGAUGUUUUGAUAUUUAAGGAGAGAAGUAGAAGCGCUAAAAUAAGAAGAAAAUUUGUCAAGAAUUUUGUUCCGAAGAAGCUGCGUGAUGCAAAGAAAGAGUGGAAGCACAGAAAAAGAGAAAAGGAAAAAGAAAAAGAAAUGCAGGAUUUCGAGUCCAACAGCGAUGAAAAAUUAGAAAAUCAAGAACAAGACAAUAUGUUUGGCAAUGGCCAGGCUGAGGCAGAAGUGGGCAAAGUUGAGGAGAUUGUUGAUAAAGAAAGAAAGAGAAAUUCAGGGUAUUUUUUAAUUCUUCUCUUGUUUGUUGUUCUUGGUGGACUAUUAGGAGGCCGGGUUCUAGCACUUUUCUGUACACUUGGUUGGUUUUUGAUGUUAAAAUUGGUGGAAAAAGUGAUGCUCCGACUAGAAGUAGUAAUGUGAAAGAAAGAUCUUGUUUUUCUUUCUAGUGAUUGUGUAGUUUUGGUUUUUGUUCUGGGUAAUCCUCAAAAUUGUGAAUUAGAAGGUUCAGGUGUGAUGAGAUGUCCAACCUUUCUGUUGGCAGAUUCAACAUGAGGUAUUGUACACUGAACUGUAAAUUUACACAUACCGACCACAUAUUAUAGAACUUUGUUUUAUUUCA